AUGCUUUCCUCUACACUUUUGGUCGGCGCCCUUUGUGGGAUAUCAGCUGCCAAUCCUCAUCCAUGGAUGUACGGUGUGCCCGACUACGCGUGGGAUCUCGACAUGAACGAAGUCAUGACCCAGGCCGAUGUGGAUCUUAUGAUGGCCGCGGAUGCUACUACCGAUGCUGCAAGCCCAGUAGGAGGCCUCAACACAACUACUCCGUCAGCAUCCUCUGGGAUAGAACCAUGUGCGGUUCUGAGCCGCGCUCUGGCAGCAAUGCCAGCCGGAGCACGACCGGUUGUUCCUGCCGAGUUGGGAGUGUCGUGUCUGCAAUCGGUACCCCUCGACAAGGCAGGCAAUGUACAGCUGAUCGACGAGCUAAAGGUCUUUGUCAAAUGGCAGUCCAACAUAGCAUAUCUGAGGAACCCGCCAAAGGAGUACACUGAAAAGGCCGUCGACAUCGAGGGCGAAUUAGACACUAUGCAAAAACAAGUGGCAGCUGGCGGAUUCAAGUCUGAAUACGAGUUCCAGCUGCAAAUGUUGAACCUGUUUACCAGCGCCUACGACAACCAUUUCGCCUACCAACCCGAUAUUCUGGCUUCAGCCAUGCAAUUUCAGAGACCCCCAGGCUCCGAGUUGGUUUCAGUAUCCUCCGAUGGCAAGGCACUGCCAGAGAUUUAUGCGUACCGGGAUAUCUUGAGGGCGAACAACGACACCUCAUUCAAACCGUCGCCUAUCAAGAUGAUCAACGGCAUGGAUGCUCAGAAGUUUCUCGCGAACGAAUCCAUGUCAUCCGACUUCCACGACGCAGACACACGGUGGAACGCUCUGUUCCCAUCUCAAGCCCUUCUGGCAUCUGGCACAACAUACCUUGGUUCUUUCCGUACUGGCCAGUACCAAGGACCCAACACGACUUUCCAGUUUGCCAACGGUACUACCUGGUCCCAAUUUAAUCUUGCCGUUGCUUUUGGUAACUUUACUGGUGUGGACAGUGGCAGUGCGUUCUUCAAGAGAUUUUGCAAUGGUCCUGCGCCCAUCACCACCAGACCCCCGGCUGCGUCGCCGACCACAAACACCACGAAGCCAUCUACACCCACACCCAAACCCGCGCCGUCCCAGGUUAAUUACCCAAAAGCCCAAAUUAUCAACCCCAAUCUUGCUGUUGCAGGAUACUAUCUCGAUGGUGCAGCAUACAAGGAUGUCGCUGUUCUCAGCAUUCCUUCUUACGAAUCUCCGGACGUCCAAACCUUCCAGAACACGAUGCGAGAUUUUAUCCGUAUGUGCAAGAAAGACGGAAAAACGAAGAUGAUCUUCGAUAUGCGCGGCAAUGGUGGAGGUAAUGCAAUCCUUGGUUACGACACCUUCAAGCAGGUCUAUCCUGCGGCCUUAGCCGACCCCUACGGUGGAACACGCUUUCGCGCAAAUGACGCCCUCAACAGCGCAGGAAAGAUGACGCAAGACUUUUUGGCCAACAAGACAUAUGCCCAGUCCAAUAAGACGGCAUUCGCCGAAGCGUUCGGUAGGGGAACUACACAGCAAGAUAUCUUUCAACUUGCUCAGCCCUUCAACUACCAACACAUUCUCAACAUCGACAACAAAGCCAUGGCCAGUUGGUCAGAAGUUUUCGGCCCCACACAAGCCAAUGGCGACAACUUCACCGCGACGCUCCGCUACAACUACACUGACAGUCUGAGCACAACUUACACGGGCUUCUCCGUCAUCGGUUUUGGCGCAAACGCAAACGAAACAAAGACACCGGCGCCAUUCAAACCCGAGGACAUGGUCAUGCUUCACGACGGCAUGUGCUCCUCGACCUGCGCCCUCGCCUCGGAGCUCCUCAAGAAUCAAGGCGCCGUCCGUACAAUCGCUGUCGGCGGCCGUCCUCAACCAGGCCCCAUGCAAGGCGUUGGUGGCACAAAAGGCGCCCAAGUCUUCGCCUGGGAUGACAUCUCAAUCCGCCUACAAGCCGUCUUCCUCCUUGGCUCUCCCGCCGAGCAGAAAGAAUGGAACAAUACCGACCUGGGUAAAACGGCGUUUGCAACACAGCUCUUCAAGCGCAGUGCGUACAACGCGGGUCAGGUGGCCGGUGGCGUUAACCUAAAGGAUAAUUUGAGACUGGCGGAUACGAGCGGUACGCCCCUCGAGUUCAUGUAUGAGGCGGCGGAUUGCAGGAUGUGGUUUACGAGCAAGAUGAUUAGCGAUGUUACCGAGGUAUGGAAGGGCGUGGCAGACCGCAUGUUCAUGGGUAAUGGAACCAUGAUGGGGUGUGUAGAGGGGAGCACUGGCGCUCCCAGUAGUAUCUCUGGUGGCGGUCAGCUGAGGGGUGGUGAUGGCAAGACGUUGAUGAAGAGCACGAGCGUAGCGGCGGUGGCAAUGGGACGCAUGGGCGAACCUAAGAACGGAACGGCGCCGGAUAUGUUUAGAGGAAGUGCGUCAAGGCGUAUGACUGCGAGUCUAGGCUCUGGAUUCGUUGCUAGUAUCAUGGGUCUGGCACUGGCCUUGUAA